GUCGCGAAGAAUGAAGAACUUCCGACGAAAUGAAAUCCUGUCAACAUUAGCAUAUUAACAUAAAGAGCAUUUAGGAGCUGCUCGGGAUAGGUAAAUGACCGCUUCGAACAAUGAUAUCUCAGAAGUCAUGUGAUCUCCCAGAGGUGCGGGGUAAAGGUGCAUGUACAGUAGGCUACCGCUGUAGCUACUGGGAUUAUGAAAAACAGGAAAGUCGCUGAGAGUCUUCACCUAAGCAUUAAGACGGAACUUUGCAACAACAAAAAAAGUUUUCUGCACAGAGUGGACUGAUCGCAUAAACAACAAAUAUGUCCAUUAGUCGGAAGAACUGGUCGGCACUGUCCAGUCUGACACGGCAGUGGACGGUGGAGGAUGAGGAGGAGGUGGAACGAGAGCGCAGGAGGAAGACCCGAACCUACAGCGAAGACCCGGGUGACAGCCCCACCGAGGAUGUACCCCCUGUGUUUGCUGGCUCGGAGGAAGUGGCUGAGGCAGUGGACCCCGAGGCUCCCGUGGACUUCGUGGAGAUGCUGCGGGUUCGAGACGAGAGGAGGAGGAGGAGGCACAUGGAGGUGCUGAGGCAACAGCAAGAGGAGGAAGAGAGGAACGGGCCAGGGCAGGGGGAGAAGGUGGGCGGCAGCAGAGCGGGGAGGAGCUCAGAACCCGCGGUGGCCCCACCCAGCACCUCUGACAUCACUGAGACAGGAAGCCCGAGUGAAAAGGACACAUCUGAGCCCGGCCAGGGCAAAAACGCGGAGACUCCGACAAAACAGUCGCGGAUGUUUGUGAGCUCACUAUCCAUCUCCAUGGACAUGGGCCCCACCUCCCCCACAGAGAGCGGCAGGAUGGUCUCUCCAAUGAGCCCCACCUCCUCUACAGGGAGGGGUAGGGUGGUAUCUCCCCUGAGCUUCUCCUCAUCCACAGACAGGAACAGGGUGGUCUCUCCCCUCAGCCCAACGUCCUCCACAUCGACCAGCAGGGUGGUCUCUCCCCUAAGCCCAACGUCCUCCACAUCGACCAGCAGGGUGGUCUCUCCCCUCAGCCCAACUUCCUCCACAUCAGCCAGCAGGGGGGUCUCUCCCCUCAGCCCCACAGGCUUUUUCCGCGCGGUGUCUCCAGAGGAGCGCGGUGGUAGCCCCGCCCCCGGGGUCACCUGCCCAGUCACGCAGAAUGGAGAGUCGCAGGACUCUCAGAAUGCAUCUUCGGCAGCAGAAGCCGUUACUGGUGCAGCGCAGUCAGAGGAAACUGCAUUCCAGAGGAACAGCCCCAGAGCCACGUCCUUUAGGAUGGCAAGGAAGAAGGAGGGGCUAGGCACGCCAUUGCAGAGGAGUGCCAGUGUCCGUGUCACAUCCAAGGCCACUCAAGGCAACAAGGCUCCUGGUCAGGAAGAGGAUUCACCAUUUCAAAGGAACUCCAGACAGAGGAUCUCAUCGCGCACUAUUCAGGAGAAGAUGGAGAGGCUGGCCCUGGCAGUGCAGAAAUCGGAGAACCUCAAAUCUCCCUCCAUCUCCCAGAAGGGUCUUUACGUGCUGGCCGAUGAGGUGUCCAGGAAGAGGGGGCUGUUUGAGAGAGACCUGGCCGCGGGCGACGGCAGCCCCGGGUCCUUCCGCCAGGACUUCCGGACGUUCUCCGCUGGAGUGUCGGACCGCAUCAACCGCUGGGUCGCCAGGGCGCAGGGGCACGGCUCCCACUCCACACCCGCGGACUUGCGAAACGUGGACAUUGCCAGUAAGAGGAACGUCUGGGAGAAUCGCUCAGAAGAGGCAUCUCCAAAAACAUCGCCUAACAAGUAGAAGCCUCUUCAGAAUGACUAAUUCGAGGAACAUCAACAAAAACAUGUGGGAGGACAGCUCGGCUGAUGCUUCAUCAUCAUUCUUAUUUGCACUACGGAUGAUUUCCAGCUUUUUGGUGGAGUUCAAGGUUUUGAGGUUAAUAAUGGUCACAUAAACCGAAUUAGACUUAAACUCAUGACUUGAAAUGCUGCAAUUCUCUAAUUGAGGGGUUAAUUUUCAUGCUGCCAAUUGAUAAUGCUCAGACAAUUUGUACAUUACUGUUUCCUACAUUAGGUUAUUGCUUCCCACAAGACAGACGACUGCUUAACUAAAUAAAAUGAAAUAAAAAAACUUUUCUACUCCA